CGCACCGCGGCGGGAGCAUUGCUGAGCGCUGGCUGCUGAGCGCGGCGCUCUCGGAGGCCAUGGGGCGCGUCGCCGGGGAGCGGUUCUCGUCGUUGUUGGGGUUGUGGCUGCUGCUGUGCAGCUGGGGGUGCCCUGGGAACGCCGAACUGCGGGCCCCACCGGAUAAGAUCGCCAUCGUCGGUGGAGGAAUCGGUGGCACGUCAGCAGCCUAUUACCUGCGGCAGAAAUUUGGGAAAGAUGUGAAGAUUGACGUGUUCGAGAGAGGAGAGGUGGGGGGCCGGCUGGCCACCCUGAAUGUGCAGGACCAAGAAUACGAGGCGGGGGGUUCUGUCAUCCAUCCUUUAAAUCUACACAUGAAGCGUUUCGUCAAAGACCUGGGUCUCUCUGCUGUGCAGGUGUCUAGUGGCCUGGUGGGAGUGUUCGAUGGAGAGGCUCUGGUUUUUGAGGAGAGCAGCUGGUUUAUUAUUAACAUGAUUAAACUCAUUUGGCGCUAUGGAUUUCAGUCCCUCCGAAUGCACAUGUGGGUGGAAGACUUACUGGACAAGUUCAUGAGGAUCUACCGCUACCAAUCUCAUGACUAUGCCUUCAGUAGUGUAGAAAAAUUACUGCAUGCCUUAGGAGGGGAUGACUUCGUUGGAUCGCUUAACCGAACCCUUCUCGAAACCUUGCAGAAAGCAGGCUUCUCUGAGAAGUUUCUCCAGGAGCUGGUUGCUCCUGUCAUGAGGACCAAUUAUGGCCAAAACUUGGACAUCAACGCCUUUGUGGGGGCGGUAUCAAUGGCUUGUACUGAUUCUGGCCUUUGGGCAGUAGAAGGUGGCAACAAACUAGUUUGCUCAGGGCUCCUGCGGGCUUCCAAAAGCAACCUCAUUUCUGGUUCAGUAAUGUCCAUAGAGGAGAAAACAAGAACAAAGCAGACAGGAAAUCCCACAAAGAUGUAUGAAGUGGUCUACCAAACUGGAUCUGAGACCCAUUCCGACUUCUAUGACAUCAUCUUGGUAGCCACUCCACUGAAUCGAAAUAUGGCCAAUGUAACUUUUCUCAACUUUGAUCCUCCAAUUGAAGAAUUCCAUCAAUACUAUCAACCGAUAGUGACAACUUUAGUUAAAGGGGAAUUGAAUUCAACUUUCUUUAGCUCUAGAGCCAAAGAUAAGUUUGGCCUUUCUACAGUUGUAACCAUGGAUAAUUUAGAUUUAUUCAUUAAUAGUAUUGGGAUUACAUCCUCUGUAAGAAACAAGGAUGAUCCUCAACCAUCAACAGAUGGGACACAUGUUUGGAAGAUCUUUUCCCGAGAGACUCUUACUAAAGCACAGAUUUUAAAGCUCUUUUUGUCCUAUGAUUAUGCUGUGAAGAAGUCGUGGCUUGCGUGUCCUCAGUACAAGCCCCCGGAGAAGUGCCCCUCCAUCAUCCUCCAUGACAGACUUUAUUACCUCAAUGGCAUUGAGUGUGCAGCCAGUGCCAUGGAGAUGAGUGCCAUCGCAGCCCACAACGCCGCCCUCCUCGCCUAUCACCGCUGGAACGGGCGCACAGACAUGAUCGACCAGGAUGGCCUCUACGAGAAAUUGAAAACAGAGCUAUGAAGCAGUACUUUCUCCUUCCCAGUUCCAGUGCUUGUCGCUGGCAAGAGCGAGCAGUCUGAGCAGAGAUGAUGUGGAAUCAGAUAUUUUGCCAUUAACAAAAGUAAUCCCUGUGACUCCUGAGUAAAUCGAAGGUUUUAAUUAAGUUUGAAGAUGAAAUUAUUGCACUUCUACCAUCUCCCAAAAAUUCCUUUUCUUUCACUCUUAGCAGUAUUUACUACAUUUGUCUGGUUGGAAGAAUCACCAGUAAUUUGUUAAACACACAGAUGCUCAAGCUCCCUAGGAGAUUCUGGUUCAGCACAUCUGGGAGUGGGGCCCUGGAUUUUGAUCAAAACCAUGAAGAGUAUUUUAAGAUGAGCACUUGAAGAACUUAAAGACAUCUUAGGGAUUCAUUCAUUGGGCUUCACAGUUGGAUGUAAUCUUCAGUCAGCUAAAACUGCUGUUAAGAACCGGCAUCUUAAACCUGGCUUGUAGUAAUUUUUUGUACCCAUGCCUCAAGCCGACUUUCAGAAAGCUGUCUGUCUGUCUUGAUUGUGAGCUGAAAUUCCGAAGUCUCAGAAGUCUCAGUAACGUAACCUUAAGAUGUCAUACAGAAAUCUCAGAUAAGGUGAAAAGCAAGUACAGGCCAUUGAAUAAAAAUUGGCAUUCUAUUACUAAAUUUUGUUAUUAACUCCUUACCUGAGAAUACUGAUAGACACAACCACAGGUUUUGAUUUACUGGAUUGAGGAUAGGCCCUGAGUGUUUUCAUGUUCCUAACAUAUAGCUGGGGUUGAGAGAAAGUACGUGGGGGUUAAAUGUCUAAAAAGGGUUUUUAGUGCCUUAUAAGUCCUAAGAAACUCAAUCCAUGAUCAAAACAGAUUCAUUCACAAGGAGUGACUUCCCUUCAGUAGGAGUAAUCUUGAUAGUAAGGAGCCGAUCCAGAGGCGAUUUGGGUGACCACAGAAUAGUUGUCAUUAGAGCAGGAUAUUCAGAACGAUGCCAUACUUGGCCAGAUGCAGGAUAUGGUCAAAGUUGAAAUGCCUCAAAUAAAUUAGAGUGUGCAGGGUGAGCAUUUGGUUGCUGAGAUCUAAAGGUAGUGGCUCUCGACCUUGGGUGCCCAUUGGAAUCACUGAUAGGACUUUCAAGUUUCCCAAAUGAUUCUAAUAUGCAAACUUGAGAACCACUUCUGCAUAUACUGUACAAAGAUUAUGAGUGACUUCCACAGCCAAUGGCCAAAGAGAACAAGUAAAAGCUAGUGUGUUCUAAAAGUAACUGCAACCAAAUUAACGCAUACUGUUAUUUUAAAAAGUCCUUUAUCAGGGUGUGGCAGUACCAAUGUUAACAAAAUAGUGUCAGAGAACAUUGGUUCUUAAUAAAAAUUUUCUUCCUUACUGCAGUUGUGAAUAUUAAUAUGCUGAUGAAACUACCAAGAUUUAUUUGAUAGAGGCGGAGAUUAAACUCAUGGUUUGUCAAAAGAUCAGCUUUUUUCUAAUUUUAUUCUUAAAUAUAUUAAGAAGCAUUUAUUUUCUGCUUUUGUGGUUUUAAUGGGAACAAUUUAUAGAGCAUGUAAUACUGUAUUAUGUAUACAAUACAGUAGUCCCCCCUCUAUCCAAUGAGGACAGAAAUCAUAUAUAUAGUUUUCUCUAUAUAUACACACCUAAGAUAAAACUUAAUUUAUAAUUUAGGCACACACAGAGUUAACAGCUAACAAGAGAAGAAUUAUAAUAAUGUAAGUUAUUUAAAAUUUAGGAUUUAUUUCCAGAAUUUUCCAUGUAAUCUCUUCUUAUGCUGUCAACUGCAGGUAACUGGAGAACAAAACCACAAAUAGAGGGGAACUACUGUCAAUAUUGGUAAAUACUAAUUAAAUAAUUUCUAUCAUUUGUAGACUUGUCUUAUAGUGGGAUAUAUUUUUACUUAUGAGAAUAUCAACUUAAAAUGUUACUUGCAUUCUAUCAACCUACUCCGAUUAAAUGUUCCAAUAAGGUGUUUGAUGUUGCUGCCUCAAAACCAAAACAGGUGGUCAAUAUAUUAGGCAUAUUAGGUAGUAUUAAUGCAACUAUAGUAUUAGAAUACUUUUCUACUAAGAAAAAUACUAUUGAGCCUGCUAUGCUAGGCUUAUUAGGUAGAUUCACAUAACUGCAGUAUUAAGUUAAUUUUAUUGGAAGAAAAACACUUCUUAGAGCUUGCUCCUCGGGAAUAUGCCUUACAGGAUACCGGUAAAACGAUGCAGAGGCUGAAAGCCAACUCGACUCCAGGUGUUGUCUGAGUAAGCAUCAGACACAGCUGGAGGGCUUACUGAAACAUUGCAGGGCCCAUCCCCAGAACCUGUUCAUUCAUUAGGUUUCAAAAAUUUGCAUUUCUUUUAAGUUCCCAGGUGAUGCUAUAAGCUGUAAUUCUACAAAUCACACUUGGAGAACUAGUUGUAGGAUUCAGCUCUAUCUAUGUGACUACAAAAAAACAAUCAGUAUCAGUGAAUAGUUACAAGAGCUCAAGAUGAAAGAAGAAAAUGUGGAUUGGACUUCACACCAACUCUCCUUACUGUGACUUCUGAUGACUGUUUUGUUGUGGACAUUUUCUGUCAACAGGAAAUAUUUCACAUUUAUACCCUUUCACUGUGUUCUGUGUAACCUAACUGUACCCACCCACUUGUGUAUGCUUUAUUAGUUUUAAAGUGAUUUAGGAGUUGCAGGCUUUUUACCAAAUCACCGAAGUACAGGCCUUAUUUGCUUGGCAGGUUUAAGAUUAGGUUUGUAAUAUAACCAUCUGUAUAUAUAUCAUUUGACCUUGUGGGCCAUGAAAUGAGACUCAUGAACUACUUGAAUAUAUUGUGGACCGCAUUCCCACUACCCUUCUUUACUCACAAAGAACCACAAUACACUGGAAUGUUUUUCUCUGGAAUCCUAUUUCUUCUCUUUUAUUGAACUCUCCUUUCCCCACUUAAUGAUUAUGUUCAAAAUAAAUGACAACAUUACUUCCCGUGUUUUACUAUCCUUGGAAUAUAGAGGUACAGGUUGAGCAUCCCUAAUCCGAAGUCUGAAAUGUUCCAAAAUGGAAAUUAGUCUAAUGCCAGAAAGGGAAAAUGCUACACCUGACCUGUAACUGGUCACAGUCAAAAUGCAGGUGCAGUAAAAUACUGUAUAGGAUUACCUUCAAGCUAUUGUGCAUAAGAAAUAAAAAAUGAAUUUUGUGUUA